UUUAGCUUGGAGGCCUGCCACGGAGGCUUUAGUGAGAGGCAGGCUGAAGUUAUGUGGGACAGCUGUCAGCUGGCAUGCUGGGUGGGGCCUGUUGAGCCGGCAGGGGCACAAGUCUGGGGACACCAAACCGUGUCCCUGCCCCAAGUCUUUUCAGCCCCGCUGGCCACACGGCUCAGACCUCCUCCUGCGGUCCCCCAGCUCCGCGAUGAUGGCCGAAGAACACACAGACCUGGAGGCCCAGAUUGUCAAGGACAUCCACUGCAAGGAGAUCGACCUGGUGAACCGAGACCCCAAGAACAUUAACGAGGACAUAGUGAAGGUGGAUUUUGAAGACGUGAUCGCAGAGCCUGUGGGCACCUACAGCUUCGACGGAGUGUGGAAGGUGAGCUACACCACCUUCACUGUCUCCAAGUACUGGUGCUACCGCCUGCUGUCCACGCUGCUGGGAGUCCCGCUGGCCCUGCUCUGGGGCUUCCUGUUCGCCUGCAUCUCCUUCUGCCACAUCUGGGCGGUGGUGCCGUGCAUCAAGAGCUACCUGAUCGAGAUCCAGUGCAUCAGCCACAUCUACUCCCUCUGCAUCCGUACCUUCUGCAACCCGCUCUUUGCCGCCCUGGGCCAGAUCUGCAGCAACAUCAAGGUGAUGCUGCGGAAGGAAGUGUGAGGCCAGGUGGGGCGGUAGGGGUGGCCGGGCAGCAGGGGGAGUCAGGGGAGGCUGGCCCCACCGUACUUCUCCAUGGGCCUGCCGGCGAGCUCUUUCUCUUUAGGGACUGCUAUUCCCCCCCCACCUCCCACCCCAAGAUGGGAGUACACCGUGUAGGGAAGCCAGAAAGAAAAGACAGCCCCGCCACAGAAGCACAGUGGCCCUUUGCUCUGCCCCCCACCCCCGCCCCGCCUCGAUGCCCCUGUGACCGGGCACAAGGAAAGGUAAUUUGCUAAGAGGCAGCUACUGUGCAAGUCUUUGCAUUCACUCGGACUGUAACAGCAUAAACCAGCACUCCGUUCCCACCCGGAGUCAACCUGUUGAUGCACGCCGCCCAGGGAGGCUACCGGUGACUCUUGGCAUUAGGAGGGUGGCUCCAAUAAAGGGUUUAGGCUGCAUUUUGGGAAUGCUGUGUUUUUGUGUGUUCGCAAGGUAGGUGUGUGUCCUGAUGAGCUCCAAAAAUACAGUUCACUGCCCCGAAGAACAAGCGGGGCAAGUUGGUU